UCCCCUUCUUACUCCACAAUCCUAGCUUCUGCAAGAAGAGACCCCUCUCUCGCUCUCUCUCCCUCCCUCUCUAGCGUUGAUGUUGCUAUAUUCCACUGUAAAUGUCAAUUCGUCGUAACUAAACCGAAAACGAGACAAUAUUUGGAACUAGGGUUUGUGUGAGAGAUGUAUCUCUCGGAGAAGCCUCUUCCAAUUGAUUUCUACAAAGGAGGAGGAGGAGGAGGAGAGAGAGAUAUGGUGAUCGAAGUCUCCUCCAAUGGCGAGCUGCCACCUCAUCACCACCAUCUCCAACAACAACAACAACAGCAGCAGCAGAUGAUUCUGGGCGAUAGCAGUGGUGGCGAAGACCACGAAGUGAAAGCACCGAAGAAGAGAGCGGAGACAUGGGUUCAGGAAGAGACUCGGAGUCUGAUCAGCUUUCGCAGAGAAGUGGAUGGGCUUUUCAACACUUCGAAAUCGAACAAGCAUUUGUGGGAUCAGAUCUCGGCGAAGAUGAGGGAAAAAGGGUUUGAUCGAUCGGCGACUAUGUGUACUGAUAAGUGGAGGAACUUGUUGAAGGAAUUCAAGAAGGCAAAGCACCAAGAUAGGAGCAGUGCUUCCGCUAAAAUGUCGUAUUACAAGGAGCUUGAGGAGUUGCUUCGAGGUAGGAGCAAGAAUGGUCCCUACAAGAGCCCCAGCUCUUCGAAAGUCGAUUUGUAUAUUCAGUUUUCAGAUAAAGGCCUGGAGGAUGGCAAUAUCCCAUUUGGACCAGUAGAAGCUGGUGGCCAGUCAACGGUCAACCUCGAAAGACCUUUGGAUCAUGAUGGUGACCCUCUUGCCAUUACUGCUGCUGAUGCAGUUGCAGCCAGUGGAGUGCCCCCUUGGAACUGGAGAGAAACCCCUGUAAAUGGUGUCUAUCUAAUUCUUUUUUUUUUCUUCUUCUUUUUUUGAUAAGUGGAAAUGGUA